AUGGCUGAAGUCAUCGGGAUAGCAUCGGGGGCUAUCACCUUCGCAAUAGUGGUAGCUCAAUUCACCAAGUCUAUCAUCACCAUCAACAGUUAUUGCAGCCAAAUAAAAGAUGCACCGCACGAUCUCCGAAUCCUUUUGAACGAACUUGAAUUGUUCGGGUUCAUACUUACUGAUAUCGAGGAGGACCUUGCCAAAGAAGAAGUCGCAUGCGCUUUGGCGAAAAACAAACAUGUCACGAAGAGCCUCGGGUUUUGCAAACAGGCCGCUGAAGAUUAA